GAGCGUGGGAAGGUCGGCGUGAUCUUUAACGUGGGGACGGAUGAUAUCGUCAUCGAGGAGGCCGGCGUGAUGGUGAGCGACGGGAAGUAUCAUGUGGUGCGAUUCACUCGCAGUGGCGGGAACGCUACACUACAGGUGGACAAUCUGCCCGUGAUCGAGCGCUUCCCUUCAGGGAACUUUGAUAAUGAACGGCUGGCUAUUGCUAGGCAAAGAAUCCCGUACCGACUCGGUCGGGUAGUUGACGAAUGGCUACUCGACAAAGGUCGGCAGCUGACGAUCUUCAACAGCCAGGCGUUCAUUAAAGUGGGCGGCGGAGAAAAGGGUCGUAACUUCCAGGGUCAGAUCUCGGGUCUGUAUUAUAACGGCCUGCAGGUGCUGAAGCUGGCGGCCGAGGGCGACCCGAACGUUCAGGUGCAGGGGAACCUGCGUCUGGUGGGAGACGUGCCCUCGGUGAUGACGACCGACACCACCUCCACCACUCCACUCGCAGACAUGUCCACCACCAUCAUGGAGACCACCACCACCAUGGCCACCACCACCACACGCAAGCAGCGCUCGCCCACCAUGAGGGACAGCGUCACGCAGGUCA